CCGACUAAUAAAAAAUGAUUAAAAAAAAAUUUUAGUUGAAAAAUUAAUUUUAAUGAAAUAAACCUUUUUUAAUUAAGUUAAAAAAAAAUUUUAACUUAGCUAGUUAAAUUUAUAAUUUGAUAACUCUUAACUAUUAAUUUAUCAACAUUGUUCAUAAUUAACUUGAGUUAAUUAUUUCGAUUAACAUGCCCGUGAUUGAAAAUCAAUAUCUAUAAUUAUUAACUUUGUUAACACUUACACAUUGGCAUAAUUAGUAUUUCGUCCUGGGGAGAAUAAACGAUUCAGACAAAUCUAGCAAUAUGUCGAACGAAGAUUAUUUGGAUAGUUCGUCUUACGAAGAUGAUAAUAUUUUGAAGGAGCAUGUAAAUACUUAUAAAUUAUUCCGUCAACAUGUUAGAUUGUUUUUAGAAGAUACAAAAGCAGAAUUAAGUAUUGCUUUGGGGAAAAAAAGCGACUCCAUGGUAAAUGAAAGCUUUCUAAGAGGAAUCAACGAUGAGUUAGAGGUUUUAAUUAUUUCUAUUAUGCAAGUUCUUAAAAGGAAGAAAAAAAGAAACAAAAAAUUGAUUAACGCGAAAAUUUGGACAGUCGACCAUAUGAAUAUAAAUCAAUUAACAAACAAUAAAGAAAUAAAAGAUAUAGAGAGUAUAGGUGGAGACAAGCGGAAUAAAUCAAUUAGCAGAAAUAAUAAAAAAACAAUUUCUAAGAAAUUUCAGACAACGGAGAAAAUUUUAUUUACUUCAGAAAAUUGUCAUAGUUCGUCAUCAGAAUUGCUAAAUUUUCAGACAUCUGAUGAAUUGAAUCUCAAAUCCGACAGCAGUGACUCGUUUAUAAAUAUAUCUAAUGAUGUUAUAUUUCACAUAAGAACACCAGUCGUGGCUCAGUACCACGCAAAAAGAAAAAGGGAUAUUAACGACACCGAAGAUUCAGUAGUUCAAGAAUAUAAUGAAGAUUCGGUUUUACUAAACAAUCAAUAUUCCAAUAAUCAGAGAUUCUAUUCUAAUAAUGCUGAAUUGGAAUCGGAACAUGAAAUAAAAUUACCAUCAUUUUUAGCUAGUCUCAAGCCAAAAAAAAAAAAACUAUGUCAGUGCGGUUUAACUGAAGUUAGGGUGCCUCUUAAAUGGAGUCAAAAAUUGCAUGAUGAACUUCAUGCUAAUGCCACAUCUCUUGUUUUUUCAAAACAAAUGUUACCAGAUGGUAUUAAACAGAUUAAAAGACCAGCUGGAUUGUCCUAUACAAUUUUAAGAUUUGAUAAUAGUUAUCAUGAUAAAAAUAUAGCUGGAAUAAGAAGGUAUGCCUCCCUUGAACUUGGUAUAUCAGAAUCUGGGGUACGAUGGUUUCAGCGUACAGUAUUUAUUUCUGUGUUGAUGCCAUCAGAUACUAAAGUCAUUGGUUAUUUAGAAGUUGAACCUGCACAAUUCAGCAAACAGUUAAAUACUAAUGGAACAUUGAGUGAAUUACAACACCCAGUUAAAUAUGGUAUUUCUAAAAUUUGGGUUCAUACGAAGUACAGAUUUCAACAUGUAGGUACCUCAAUGAUAGAUUUUUUCAGACUCACAUAUUCACUUACAAAAGAUGACAUAGCUUUUGCAUCACAUGAUAUUCAAAAUAUAAAAUUUUUACAAAAGUAUAAAAGUGAAAACCCAGUAUUAAUUUAUACUGAAAGUAGAGCAUGGAAUCGUUAAUACGAUGUAUUAUUUUUAAAUAAAAGGCUGUUUAAAAACGAAUUAUUUUAUGUAUCUAAUUUUAUUUUACUUCUAGUUUGUAACUAAUGAGAUUCACUAUAUUAUUUCUUCUGUAUUAAUUUAAAAGAUAAUUAUUUUGUAAUAUUAAA